AUGAUCACACCAGCUGUACCUCGAAUCGUCGGCGAUUUCCAAUCUUCCAGCCCAUCCGUAGCGGCCCUUCUAAUAUCCGUGCAUGUCAUCGGGUUCGCUCUCGGCCCUCUGAUUGUAUCGCCUGCGUGUGAACUAUACGGGAGAAAUCCGCUCAUGCACAUCUCGAACUUCAUGUUUCUCUUCGCCACGCUCAUGUGCGCGCUGAGUACGAACAUGAUCAUGCUCAUCAUCGCGCGUUUUAUGACGGGCAUGGCGGGGUGUAUACCGACUGUGCUAGAGGGCGGCUAUAUCGCGGAUCUGAUUCCGGUAGGAAAGCGUGGAAGGAUUAUGGCUAUUUGGGCUCUUGGGCCAUUACUGGGGUCUGUCAUCGGCCCAAUUAUCGGCGGAUAUCUGACACUCAAUGCUGGAUGGCGAUGGGCAUUCUGGUCUAUGGUCAUUGUGUCUGGGGCACAAGCCGCUGCAGGAAUCUUCUGUCUUAAGGAGACAUUCGUGCCGGUAAUCUUACAGCGGAAGAAUGCUACUCGAGCACAACCAUCACUGUCCAAGGAAUUGAGUCCGUUCUGGACAGCCUUCGUCUGUCCCGCCAAGCUUGCGACUAGAUCUCCAAUCGUCAUCAUUUCAGCACUGCACAUAACCAUUGCAUACGUGUAUUUCUACUUCAUUGUGACAACCUUCCCUACCUUAUUUGGGGACCAUUAUGGGUUCAACUCUGGCCAAAUCGGUCUUGUCUAUAUCAGUCCAGCACUAGGAUACCUAGUAGGAAUGAUCACAUUUGGUUCCCUUUCCGAUUGGUACCUCGAGCGAAGGCAAUGCACCAGGGGAAUGAGUGAUCCCGAAGACCGUUUGUUCUCCCUUUUCCCUGGGAAUAUCCUGAUCGCGGUCGGAAUGAUGUGGUAUGGGUGGUCUAUCCAGAUUGACAUUCACUGGAUUAUGCCUCUUGCUGGAGUCUCUUUCGUUACCAUUGGAAUUUCUGGUGUCUUUUUGGCAAUUCAGCCUUACUUGACUGAUUCUUUCGGUGUUCACGUUGCACAUGCCAUCGCGGUCAGCACCGUCGUGCGCUCUAUCUUUGGGGGUCUGUUGCCACUAACUGGUCCCUCACUAUACAGUCACCUGGGAUAUGGAUUGGGGAACACCCUUCUUGGGCUUUUGGCGUUAAUCAUUUCUCCCACGGCGCUUUUGUUCUUCAAGUAUGGUGGAAAGCUUCGCACCGAUCCCAACUUUCACGUUCUAUAA